GCGGCGGCGGCGGCGGAGGAGGAACCUGACACGCACCAGCCUUGCUCCCGCCCAAUUCGGAGCCGAAGCUGCAGCCGGGCCGGGGCCAUGGGCGCCCCGCGCAGCCCGGGUCAUGAGGACGGAGGCGGAGGCAGCGGGGCCACCGCUGGAGCCGGAAGACUUUGUGCAGCUGCCCGUGCCCAUCAUCCAGCAGCUCUACCACUGGGACUGCGGCCUGGCCUGCUCCAAGAUGGUGCUGCGGUACCUGGGCCAGGUGGACGACAGUGAGUUUGAGAGUGCCCUGCAAGAGCUGCGGCUAACCAGGAGCAUCUGGACCAUUGACCUGGCCUACCUGAUGCGCCACUUUGGCGUGAGGCACCGCUUCUGCACACAGACCCUGGGUGUUGACAAGGGCUACAAGAACCAGUCCUUCUACAGGAAGCACUUUGACACAGAGGAGACCCGGGUGAACCAGUUGUUUGCACAAGCCAAGGCUUGCAAGGUGCUGGUGGAGAAAUGCACAGUGAGCGUGCAGGACAUCCAGGAGCACCUGGCACAGGGCCACGUGGCCAUCGUGCUGGUGAACUCUGGGGUACUGCACUGCGACCUUUGCUCCAGUCCUGUCAAGUACUGCUGCUUCGCCCCCAGUGGCCACCGCUGCUUCUGCCGCACCCCUGACUACCAGGGCCACUUCAUCGUGCUGCGCGGCUACAACCGGGCCACAGGCUGCAUCUUCUACAACAAUCCAGCCUACGCCGACCGUGAGUGCCAGGCGGGCAGGGGACGCAGGAAUGUGCAGCACCAGCAUCAGUAACUUCGAGGAAGCCAGAACCAGUUACGGCACAGAUGAGGACAUCCUCUUUGUCUACCUGGACAGCUGACAGCGGGAGCCUGGUGUGCCCAGGCCCUCGCCCCCCACCCUGCCCCACCCUAGCCUGGCCAACUCAGGAGGCCUUGGCCCAGGCCCCGAGUUGCUGGGGCUUGGAUGCAGAACUGCAGCCUUGGCCUGUGUGACAAAGCCCCAGGGAAUUCUUGAUGCUGGAGGCAUGCCUGCUUUGUCUGCCAGCAUCACGUGUGUCAUCUUGCCACUUACCCUAUGCACCUGCUGGUUGGUGGAGGUGUCCCCAGAGCAUCUGAGUAGAGCUUCCCCUAGGACCCCAAAUCUGACUUGAACUGUGCCUAGGGGACUUCCAGCCCUGUGGGUGCCCUUGUUGCCUACAUACCAGAUCCAGGGCACAGGAGAAGCUUGAGCUUGUCUCCCCACAGAUCUGAGGGCUGAGCCCUGGAGAUUCCACUUGUCAGGAUGGUAUCCACGUGUUUGGAGACCAUGUAGCCAACUCUGGCCCCCAAGACUGUGGGCUGCUCCAGGCCUUGCUAGGAACUGCCUACCCCCAGAAGUGCUACAGACCUCCCUGGGCCCUUUGGUGGAUGCCACCACUCCCUCCCGCCAUAAGAUGGGAACCCACCCAAGUUCCUGUGGCUGGUUGUGAGGCCUCUGGGCCCUGGAGAUGGCUGGGCCUAAGGCCAGAAGGACCCUGGGCCCCGUACCCCUCACCCUCUAGGUACCAUAGCACUGUAGAGUAGAGGGCCCUCAGGGGAGUAGACAGGGCCCUAACUCUUGCUAGCUGGCAGUGCUGAGUGUACAAGAAUGCCUGACCCAGAAGGCCAGGCACAGCCACCUGUGUCCCAAAGAUCCCCCCCUAACCCAUGAGGCCUCCUGACACUAGCAUAAGCCCCGAUAGUGGGGCCCAUUAUCCGGGUGUGGGGAGCCCCAGGCCUCACAGGGCUGAGUGCUGGGGUGCUAGGGCCUGCUGUCCUGAGGCCAUGAUGGGAGACAGCCAUUGGCCUCCCACCUACCCUAAUAUUCAUGCCAGGACCUUUUGCACAGAAUGUUGAGGCUUUUCUGUCUUGACAGAGAAGGAUAGUUUCUGCCCAGGAUCACACAGCACUGCACAUAGCAUGGACUAGAGCUGUUUCCUACUCUUUAAAUUUUUUUUCUUUUCUUGGGGGGCGGGGGCUUGUUUGGUUUCUUUGAGAAUUAAGUUUUUCCACUUGUGGGGAGUGAGAGUUACCCUCAAGUAAGACAAUAAUAGUGAGAUUGCAGGUACUUCAGAACCACUGACAUCUCUCUUCACAGAGCAGAGAAGCCAGCCCAAGUUCCCUUUCAAAGAGAAAGGGACUCACAGCUGGGGAAGCUGAGUCCCAGGGCCCCUCACCCUACCUUACAGACAAAAUCUGGCCAUCAGUCUGGGGAGAGUUUGUCCAGGACAGUGGUGGGGUUGGGUUUUGAAUCCAGAUCUGCUCCAAAAAACAAAGGGAACUAGAUCAUUCCCAAAGGAGCCGAGGACACCCACCCCUCAUGAGCUGUCUGGCAGAGGAGCAGGGCUGCCCCAUCAGCCACACUGCCCCGUCCCCCUGCGUCUUGGUCUCUUGUUGGCCAAGGCACGAUGCAAUGGCAGCUGCUACCCCUCUGGACUGCAAACAGGCUCAGCAUCUUCUCCCAGCAGCCAGCUGGCACCUCCCCACCGUGGCUGCUCUGAGGGCCAGAGACCAGCUCUGUUGAAAAGGGCCGUCAGACCACCCAGCCUAUUGCUCUUCAACACCAGAUGCGGCCUUUGGCCCAGAGGGAGGCACUGUUAGCUGGUUAGCUAACAGGUUAGCCACCUUGGUGUCGGAGAUUAGCAGUGUCUUCAGACUGGUCUUAUCUCUUUUGCCUUAAUGUUGGGUGGCCCAAGAUCCCAGGGAGCUCCAGUUUCACACCCAGGAAUACCACGUGUGGCGGCUGUGGGAUUUGGACAUCCUCAGGAAGGGUCUGGCUAAAAUUGUGGUUGGAAUAGACGCAUCAAGGAAAGCAAUGAAGAAGUGACGCUUUGGAUGACUGGUGGGGCUGUCAUGGAGAGCAGCCUCCACAGAGGGUGGUCACAGCAUCUGAGUCCCCAGGGCCAGCCACAAGUUAGAGGUCACCCUCUAGAAGAUUAACAAGAAAGCUACCUGUGCCUGCGAUAGUGCCGUCUGCCUCGGAGGGUCAUGGGAAUGGGAUGCAAAUGCAAACCUGUUCUUGCACAUGUCAUGAAAACAAGGAUGGAGAAAACCCAGGCUUCAGGAACUUCUGCCCAUGGCACAUGGCACCCAUGACCCCUGCCCGCAUGGGGGGAGCCCAGCAAAGCCACACUGGACAGUUGGUUUUGUUCACUCCAGCCACACAGGGACAAAAGGGAUCUUUUGCAUUGCAGAGAUUUUCUACAUAUAUAUUUUUUGUUUGUAAUGAGCCAUUCUCAAUAAACAUUAUUCUCACUGCAGAA